AUGGAGGGCAAACUAUCAGAAAAAGCAACCAAAAUACGCCACCGUCUGACCUUCACCAGAAGCAGCUCCGCGCGCGGCCUGGAAUCAACACUGGUCUCGCCCAUUGAAGCCAGUUUACCAAGCAGUCGUCCCCGGUCAGCGACAAAUCCCGAGUCUCCCAUCCACGAUGAGCCAACGUGGGACAUCAGGGACCCCGAUUUCCACGGGGGCUACAGUUUCACAGAUGAGCCGGGCUACUUCCGCCCUACAUCGCCGUUUAUCGACCGCCAAGAGAUCGAAGAAGACCUCGAAGCCGAUAUCAAGCAUGCCUGCGCCAUGCUAUCUCACAGUAUUGACCGUGGAAUUCCAGCCGGGUUGUCCUAUCGGAGCGCCGUGCCAGUCUGGACAGAUGGACAAAAUCCCGCUGGUCAGCCUAGUGUCGAUGCAGCUCCUUCAUCUUUGAAACAGCGUGUCAUUCUUCUGUCGGCGCCCAAACCAAUCAGCCCCGAAACGGAAAGCACCAAGAAACAUGAUUCCGGCGUUGGUAUGAGCUUCAAUUCUCCCAGCCAACCAGGGAGACCAUACGGCAACAGCGUAUCGCGCACAGGUAGCUCAGCACGGUUCUAUAACAAACAACCCUCCGCCUCACCACCACACAGUCCAUCGCCAGGAAUUCGCUCCCGGAGCCACAGCCUAGCAACAACAAUCGAAGAAGAUAACCAAAGGGAGCGAUCCUACUCGACAAGCCCGGUUCCAUUCCCGUACAGUCCUCCCCAAUUCAACAGCGAGUGGGCAUCCAAGCCAACGACGCUCGACAGCCCAGUCAGCUCACUCAAUGAAAGCGACAGAAAGUUCGAAGCCACCGAGUCCGAGCUCGAGACAGAGCCACAGAACGAAAACGCCACCAACAAUGAGAAAAAACCCGAGACAUCCCCUCCAGCCAUAUCCGCACAAGAAGCACCAUUUCCCGGCGGGGCAGGCAGGACCUGGCUUCGCGCUAGCAGAGACCUCCAGCGCCUCAUCGACGAAGAACAAGCGAGAAUAACCCAAGCCAACAAGACAAAGCCAUUGACCCGCUUCUACAGUUCCUACAACCAAACAACAGUGUCAUUCAACUCCCGUGAAGGGCAGACGAAAAAUUUCUGGGAGGAUCGGGAUCCGAGUUUUUACGCCAGACUCUCACCAGCUUCAUCAUUGGGCACUGGAAGGGGUACAGUAUCGAGACCGGAAACAGGUAACCCGAGAUUGGGUACUGCUUCGACGAAUGGGGAAGAUUUGCCUGGCGGAUACCCGUACCAAACGUUUGCCGGGUCCAGCUGCGGGAUGUCUUACUCGUCUUCUUGUUUGGGGGAUGAGUUUAAGCACCAGGAGAGUGUUUACUCUGUUGCUAUGCCGGGUUUGCCGGUUAAAAAUAACCGGCGGAAGAAGGCUUCGAUUUUGUUGAGGAAGUUGGCUGGGCUGAGGAUCAGAAGGAAGGAGAAUGACAAUUUGAAUGGGAUUUGUUGA